CAGUUUAAUGAUACCAACAAAAAACACGAAAAAUAAACCAAGUUUAAUAAAAGAUUGCAAGAAAACAAAACAAACAAGAAGAAAUAAACAAUUAUUUUCAAUGAAUUAUUUUGCUCAUUUUCCCAUAAAUAGAUAAAAAUGAAUAUAGCCAUUAAAUCCGAACCAGACAUAUUAGAAGAAACCAUUUCUCAAUCCUUUGAAUUUAUCGACGAAAAGCCUGAUGUAAACACUAUCGCAUGCACAAAUAUUGGGGGUAAUAUACAACAGCCAGCAGCUCCUGGAAAGUCAAAUAAUCUAGCGAAAAAAAGAAAACUUGAACAAACAGAUAAAAAUAAAAAUGCGAAUAAGUUUACACUUUAUGUUAAGAAUAAAUUUAUAGAAGCCUUUCAACAGGAAAGCUGUACGCCAAGUACAGUGGAAAAAUAUGCAAAUACCUAUAAUGUCAAAGUGGAGACUGUAAAUAAGUAUUUUGGUGAAGUCGCAAAAGAAGCUCAAAAUAAUGUUUAUCAAGAAUGUGAUUCCCUGAGUUUUAGUAAUAUUUCUGAAUGGCUUAAAUAUUUCGAAACAACUGGUGUUUCCCGGGAAUGCAACUAUGAGCCGGCUGUUAUUAUGAAUGUUAUAGCAAAUAAUGAAUAUCAUCCUGAUCCGGAGUCAACGUAUGGUAUAGAUUUACAAGCAAUUUACACAUUUCUUGGUAAUGCUCUAAUGGGUCUACCUCAAAAACCAUUAGAUGAAAUUUCUGCUAAUUUUUUAGCAAAUGAAUUCCAAAAUCUAAUAAAUGAGGCAAACACGGAUAAAGCCGAUUAUGAUGUACGAAAUAUGAAGAGAGAAAUUGAAAACUCUUUGAUAAAUAAAACAAAUCGGAAAUUUAUAACUUUAAGAUGGAAAACAUUUCAACAAAGUUGGAGAAAUAAUUAUGCCAAUUAUGAACAAUAACUCGCCGGGAGUUUGUUCCGUUUUGCGUAAGGUAUAAGAGAGAGAACAAAAUCCGAGAGAGUUUAUUAUUUAGAAGAGGCCUGAAUAAAAAAAAAAUACACAAAAGAUUGUGUAUUAACAACAACAAAUAUAACCACCAACACUUAAUGAAACCACAAUAUAUAUACUUCUUUUACAAAUAAACUCGUAAUUAUAUAUUUAAUAUAGUUAUGCUAUAUUAAUACUAUUCUUAAUUAACUAUAAAAUUAAUACAUUUCACAAAUACAAUCAGUACAUUUUAAAAUGGAAAGUAAUUA